AAAGAAGUACUUAAAAAUGGUUAUCCUGCAUGAUGAUGAAUAUUAUCGAAGCAGAAUACCUGAGCCAGAUUUGGGAACACUUCGAAACUUUUUGCGAUUUGUUUGGAAUCCAGAUAGAAAACAGUUACUUGGCAGAAGUGGGAAAGAAUGGGCGACUUGGCGCCUAGAUCUUAUUUUGACGUCAAUAUUCCGCUUUUGCGUCAACUAGAAUUUGGUAGUCCAGGGAUUGCCUUUAAACCAAAUAUUUUGUUACCCGCAAAAUCUCCUCUUAUUUGGAUAGAUAAUUCUAGCACGGAUACUCGUUCGAAAAGAUACGUGCAAGCUUUAAGUGACUUUUUGCAAGAGUACAAUAAAAAUAAAUUGAAUUAUAAAACGGUCGCGGAAUGCAGUGAUAGGGCAUCGACCGUGUCCAGUACCAAACCUUGUUUUGAUAUUGAAAGUCUUGGCGUUUGCGGACAGCCUCCAUAUGGGUACACAGAUCCACUGCAGCCGUGUGUCCUCAUUAAGUUUAAUAAGAGAUUUAAUUGGGUACCAAUUCCUUACAAUAAAUCGUCCCUAUUACCAGAAAACAUGCCGCAUGUUUUACAAGAAGCUGUGCAAUUUUCGAAUAAGUACCAAAUCUGGUUAUGGUGCGAUGGAGUAAAUAAUGUUGAUAAAGAACACAUCGGAGAAAUCGAGUAUUUUCCGAGUCCCGGCUUUCCUGUACAAUAUUUCCCGUUUGUGGGACAACCAGAUUAUUUGGCACCGGUGGUUGCGCUGCAUUUUAAAAAUCUCACACCGUUUAGAUUAGUGACAGUGGAAUGCAGCUUGUGGGCACUCAAUAUUAACAAAGAUGCACAGAACGCAUUGGAUUUCCAAAUAAUUCUGGGCAAACCAUAAAAGGCGAUGGUUAACAAAUAUGUUGAUACUUGUAUUCCAUACUACUUUAUUAACAAAUAUGCAAAUAUAAUUAGAAAUUAUGGAUUACUUAUUUUGAGCAAAAUAGAAAUGUUCGUUUUGUAGAGUUCUUAUAAUUAGUAUUAAAUAUUUAUUUAAAAUUAUAUAAAUAAUAUUCAUUCUCGCCAUUAUAUAAUGAUUCCUUUAUUAUGUACUAUGUUACAAUAAUAAAUACACGAAGAUGUAUUUUCAGGAUUUGACCAGUUUGUUUGCAUAACGUAUAAUCUAAGAUAUUAUUUAUAAAAAGAUGAAGGCAGCAAUUAUAUGUAUGAUAAUGUAUUGUUUUGUUUAACUUUCAAACAGCCGCGUAUCCAGGUGUUUCUGAGAUAGCAAAAAUAUAAUGUCUAAUGUUCGUUUUUCAUAAGUUGAAAGGCUAAUUCUAAAACCUGAUUCUACCGACAGAAUGGCGACUCGAGACCACAGAGCUCCAUUUACAGAAAUUAAUAUCUUUAUUAAAGUAAAGAAUAAAUAUCUUCAUUAUAUGUAAACGAGAAGAGAGCAGGACGAAGCUUUAUUUUUAACAAUAGAUGUAUAGAAUCAAACACUUGGAUGAAUUGUACUGGAAUUUAUUGCCUUAACUCCGGAUUUACCGUUCCUUCUGGAAUCAGCGAUAUUCUCUAGAGCAA